AUGGUGUAUGGGGGGAAGCCGAGCACUGGAUGUUACCUGUGUCGCAAGCGAAAGAUCAAGGUAAGCGCAGCCCCCCUGACGGACAUGGCUUCACAGAUGGGGGACGGAUAUGCUACCCCCUUAUCUGGAUGCGAUGAAGGAUUCCCCGAAUGUCGCAACUGCAUGGUCUACGGGCGACCUUGCCCGGGGUAUCGGACAGAUGCGGUUUUCCGCAACGAGACCAAGAAAGUCGAACAACUGGCCAAGAAGACUAGUAGUCCCUCGAACAGCAGUAGCCGCAGCCAGUCAUCAACUUUGCAGUCGCCGGUGCUGGUCGACCGACGGCGUGACAACUUCCGCGAGUCGCCCACGCUGACGUUCUUUUCACCGGCGGAUGCGACCUGGGAACAGCGCGCGAUCUGCUUUUUCUUUGACCAGUACACAAUCUACGGCGACUGCGAAGAUGGAAUGGGUCAUCUCGAAUAUAUACCUCCCCUGUAUGCGAAAAGUGGCGAGAUAGACAGCGCCGGGAGACCAUCGUGUCUACGGUGGGCAGUGGAUGCGACGGCGUUGAUGACCCUCGCAAACACGGCCCAUGCCCCACAGCUAAUGGUCAAGGCUCGUCAAGGCUAUGGCAAGGCCUUGCGCGGCCUGCGGGAUGCACUGGCAUCGCCGGAUCAGGCUCUCAAAGACGAGACCUUUGCCAGCGUGGUUCUUCUCUCGCUCUACGAAGACAUCAGCGGCGAGCGGAAUGGGCUCUAUAGUUCGCACACGGCCGGGUUUGAGUUCUUGAUGAAACUCCGAGGCCAGGGCCAGUUGAACAGUCAAUGGGGCCGGGACAUGUUCAACUUUGCUUGGACGCAUACGUAUGUUGAAGUUCUUGCCUUGGGAGACAAGCCCCGAUCUAAUGCGGACUGGGUUUUGGACCUGCUGGACCCGGAAGACCCCGUCGAGCGGCUCAUGCUGGCGGCGUCUAAGCUCAGCCACUUGUUUCUGUCGAUGCAAUCCUCGCCCAGCCCGCCCGACCAAGCGACCGUUGCGUCGUGGAUUGCCGCGGGCCGGGCUUGCGACUUCGAGCUCUCGCAGUGGAGUCAGCAUUUGCCGGAACGCUGGCUGCCGCUGAUGGUGUACUCGGCGCAGGGCGAGCCGCUUAUAACCUACCACCACAUUUCCAAUUGCGUGGUCUGGAAUUACUAUCGCGCCGUGCGCGUGAUGCUACAGCAACUGCUUCUCAGUCUGUAUCGCACCCUUGCUGCCGUGACUGCCCGGUACACUCCGACUACAACGCCGCCGCCGUCUCCAGACCCAGGCCUCGACCCCAAAUUGCUGCGCGCCGUCAUCCAGGAAAUGACCACCGACACGUGUCGCAGCAUCCCCUUUUCGCUCGGCGACAUUGACACCCUCGCCCGACCCGUCAGUCCGGCAUCGAAUGGCAAGUUGCCCCUGCGCGCCGCUCAGGCUUAUGGUCUGCUCUGGCCCCUGUGGUAUAUUCUCUCUUGCGGCUUGCCAUCCCCCACCCAGGUUGACCAGAUCCGCUCUGUGCUCACUCGUGUUGGGUCGACGCUAGGCAUUAAACUUGCAUUGAUCCUGGCUCGCGAGGCAGAUCGCAUCCGCGGUGAACAGUCUUGA